UACUGUACUCACUCAUGGUAAAUCGAUUGGAUCCCAGCCAGGCCAGCCGCUGAAAGACCCCUAAAGCGCUGUAUCCGCCAGGUACCUGUAGCGAAUUGGGUCAGCAAGAUGUGGCUUCCACCGCCCAAAAACAUGUGAACAGCCUCAACGUCCCACCCGCACCAAAUCCACGUGGGGACGAGACACCUCAGUGACGACAUUCCUGGGGCUGCCUUGCCUGCAACCUCUUUGGCUCAGCUUGACAUCUACACUCAACGUCAAGCAAGCCUACGACAAUUCACUGUUACCGUCAAGAUGGCGUCCAAGGGGACAGAGAUGGAUGCCCAGGGCAAGGGCAAGAGUACGUCGGUCAAGGAUGAGCCUGAAGAGGUCCAGGAGAAGUUCUCUCCUGAAGAGGAGGCGUCCCUCCUAUCCGAAUCCAACACCCACAAAACCGAAGCAAACGCCCUCUUCGCAUCCUCCCAAUACACCUCCGCCAUCGCAAAAUACGACGAGGCCGUCUCCGUCUGCCCAAACUACCUAGACUACGACCUCGCCGUCCUCCGCUCCAACAUCUCCGCCUGCCACCUCAAACUCUCCCAGUGGAAAGACGCAAUCUCCUCCGCCUCCGCCGCCCUCGACUCCCUAGACCGCAUCGACAAGGAAUCCGCCCUCGCCCAGGAACGCCGCGAGAAGCGCAAGGCCGAAGAGGAAGAGGGCGUGGAGGAGGAAAUCGUCAGCUCCGGCGCCAGCGCCGCUGCCCCCGCGCCCGUCACCUCCGCGGAAGAUGAGGAGGAAGUCGCGCGCAGGAAGAGAGCGGACGACGUCCUGCGUAUCCGGGCGAAGGCGCUCAUGCGGAGGGCGAGGGCGCGGAGCGAGGAGGGCGGGUGGCAGAACCUCGCGGGCGCGGAGGAGGAUUAUAAAGCGCUGGCUAAGAUGGGGAACCUCGCGGGCGCGGAUCGCAAGAUUGUGCAGACGCAGUUGAGGGUGUUGCCGCCGAGGACCAAGGCUGCGCAGGAGGCGGAGACGGCGGAGAUGUGGGGGAAGCUUAAGGAUCUGGGCAACGGCAUUCUGAAGCCGUUUGGACUGAGUACGGAUAACUUCCAGAUGGUCAAGGAUGAGAAGACGGGAGGGUACUCGAUGAACUUUAACCAGGGUCAAUGAGCCUGGCCAUCAUCACAUUUGGUCUGAGAAGAAAACAGCAUUUUGAUGUAGGCAUGGAAGAAGCGAUGGCAUCAUAGAAACACAGGAAGCCCAUAAGCAUAGCUCAUUCAGGCGAAUAACCUAAUUUCUCGUCCAUGAUGGUUCGGGGACGAUGAUCACU